AUGCAUCGACGUAGAAAGCGUAGGUUUUACGAAGAACUUUUAAAAAAGGCCGAAUCACUGUUUAUCAUAAAGUGCAAAGACCUGAACACAGGCAGCGACGAUGAAUUGACAAAAUGGCGUAAGGUAGAAGACAUCGCUGCAUCAGUUCAGUGCGACGGUUCUCGGAUAUCGAUGGAAAUUUUCAAAAAGCUGUUGCUGAAUUCGAGGUUGUUGGAGAAAAAUGAAAAUGGCACGUUAUUCCGCCGAAAUUCCAAUUGUCCACCAUGUAGAGCAUGCACCAUUUACGUGGAAAGACUGGAAGAAACGAUGACUAAACAAGAAUUGUUUAAGAUAUUCAGCCGUUAUGGGUUUGUAGUCGAUAUCUUUAUGCCGGAGAAGCGUCUAAAAAAUGGCACUACGACUCUCAACAAGGGAUUCGCGUUUAUACAGUAUGACAAUGCGGCAUCAGUCGUUCGAGCGUGCACCGAUGUCAAGCUGGAAGACCCGGAUGACGUCAAAUCGUUUAUUCCUGAAACAACGUUCACUGGCAAUCCUACCGCCGAAACGGAACGAAACGCGAUAGGCCGAACACAAUAUCCGCUCACGACCACGCUAAGAACUGCCGGGAAACGACGACGCUCUCCAAAGAAUCGCCGACGGAGAAAGUUACUGGCAUUUCAGAGAAAGCAAGACACAACGAAGAAGUUUUACGUCAUUUCAUGGAACGAAUGGAAGCGUUUAAAGCGAGAAUAUCUCAAAGAACAAGCCAACAGCUUUCGUUUAUUAAAAAAAAAGUUGAUGCCUUACCGACAAAUGGUGUCGCGUUUGGGAAUAGACAGUUCAAUGCGCGGAAGAGACAAGAGUUCAGCUUGUUCUAAAUACGGCAGCGAAUACGGUGUACAGUUAAACCCACAGUCCAGGGAUCGUGGGCUUGUGUCCUGA